AUGGCGUGUUUACGAAUCCGUAAUCGGAAUGAAAAUAAGGAGUCUGGUUCCGAUUACGGAUCACUCUUCUGUUUACUGAAAUUGAGAGGAAUCAAUAGUGAUUUCUUGGAAGAUUUGUGGGGCCGAAUACAAGUUUUAUCUAGCAAUGGAUGGAAACUUGAUAGUGUUCCUAGACCUCACCUAUCAUUUGAAGCACAGCUAGUUGCAGGAAAGUCUCACGAGUUUGGACCCAUCAGCUGUCCUGACCAACCUGCUAUGCCUUCAACAAUGUCUAAUAUAACUUAUGGUAAACAAAAGCAUGAUGCAGAGUUUAUCUAUCCACAAAGGAUACGAAGGCUGAAUAUAUUUCCUGAAAGCAAAACUGAGGAUGUGCAACCCAUGGAUCGCUUCAUCGUGGAAGAGUAUCUGCUAGAUGUGCUAUUUUACUUAAAUGGCUGUCGAAAAGAAUGCGCUUCAUAUAUGGCUGGCCUACCUGUGCCCUUUAGAUAUGAGUAUCUUAUGGCAGAGACAAUUUUCUCCCAGUUGCUUAUGCUACCACAACCCCCUUUCAGGCCAAUAUAUUACACACUAGUUAUUAUCGACCUCUGUAAGGCUCUUCCCGGAGCCUUUCCUGCAGUAGUUGCUGGUGCUGUACGAGCUCUUUUUGACAAAAUAGCUGAUUUAGAUAUGGAAUGUCAAACACGACUCAUCCUUUGGUUUUCACACCACUUAUCAAACUUUCAGUUCAUCUGGCCAUGGGAAGAGUGGGCUCAUGUCUUAGACCUUCCAAAAUGGGCCCCACAGCGUGUUUUUGUUCAGGAGGUGCUGGAGAGAGAAGUCCGUUUAUCUUACUGGGAUAAAGUGAAGCAGAGUAUUGAGCAUGCCCCUGGUCUAGAAGAGUUGCUUCCUCCCAAGGGAGCACCGAAUUUCAAAUUUAGCGUUGAAGAAACCAGCGAAGGAAAUGAGCUAAAUGCACUUUCUUCUGACCUCAGAAACAUGGUGAAAGCUAGGGCAUCUGCCCGUGAAAUGAUAGUAUGGAUAGAGGAAAGUGUGUUUCCUGUUCAUGGGAUGGAAGUUACCCUCAAUGUGGUUGUGCAAACUCUCCUUGACAUUGGAUCUAAAAGUUUCACUCAUUUGAUUACUGUAUUGGAGAGAUAUGGCCAAGUCAUUGCAAAACUAUGUGCUGACCAGGAUAAGCAGGUCAUGCUGAUAAAUGAGGUUGAUUCUUACUGGAGGAAUAAUUCUCAAAUGACUGCUAUUGCAAUAGAUAGGAUGAUGGGAUAUCGACUUUUGUCUAAUCUGGCCAUUGUCAGAUGGGUCUUUUUACCUGCAAACAUUGAGCAAUUUCAUAUAUCAGAUCGUCCAUGGGAGAUACUAAGAAAUGCAGUUAGUAAGACAUAUAACCGUGUGUGUGAUCUAAGGAAGGAGAUUUCAUCUAUGAAAAAGAGUGUCGUAUCAGCCGAAGAAGCUGCAGCAACGGUGAAAGCAGAGUUAGAAGCUUCUGAAUCAAAGCUUUCACUCAUGGAUGGUGAACCUGUUAUGGGGGAAAAUCCUGGGAGGCUGAAGCGUUUGAAGUCACGUGCUGAAAAGGCUAAGGAGGAUGCCGUGUCUGUACGUGAAUCUUUAGAGGCUAAGGAGGCUCUUCUAGCCCGAUCCCUUGAUGAAUUUGAGGCAUUAUUCUUCUCCUUGUACAAAAACUUCCUCAAUGCGUUGACUGAACGGCUGCCAGAAGCAUCGAAAUGUGUUACAUUGCAGGGAUUAAAGGGGAUUCAUGCAGAUUCUAUGGCCGUUGACCAUGAGGAAUCAUCCGCAAUGGAUCUCGACAAUGAGAAUAGAAUACCCAAGAAAAGUGAACUGAAUGGUGGGAAGACGAGUAAUGUUUAUAAUGUAGGUGAAAAAGAGCAGUGGUGUCUAUCGACUUUAGGCUACCUCAAGGCCUUCUCGAGGCAAUAUGCUUCUGAGAUUUGGCCUCACAUGGAGAAGUUGGAUGAAGAGGUUCUAACCGAAGACGUGCAUCCUCUUAUUCGUAAAUCAGUUUAUUGUGGUCUUCGUCGAGCAACUGAUGGGUAAUGAAACUUCUAACUUAUCCCCGCACCCAUUCCCCCUUUUUUUUUUUUUCCAAGCAAGCAACAAUGCAUGUUAACGUCGAUGAGGGACCUUAUAGAUUUGAAGGAGAUGAGACUAGCUACAGCAUGUAUAACGAGUGUUAGGUGAUUUCUUUGGCUGGUUGCAUAUGUGUAACCAAAUCAACUAAUUAGAGGCUUAGUAUUGUGAAAAUUCUUA